AUGGACGAACCGCGUAAGCUGUCCAGACGUUCGCAAUCAUUAGGUAGCGCAAUGAGCGGCGAGCGGACAGCCAUGGCGCAGGGUCCGCCGAACGCGGAGCCAACCGCGCCGACUGGGCUCCGCCAUCGCUCCCUUUCCGCAAGCUCUCGCGGCUUUCCAGCCAUUCUAAUCGUCAUCCCCGCUGACGAGGACAACGACGCAUGCGACGACACGCGGUGCGACGACACUCCGCGCGACGACACGCCGUGCGACGACCCGUGCGACCGAGCGAGCCAUGAUGCCGCGACGCGGCCGCUCUCCGUGCAAGCUUCUCCCUUUCCCAUGCCACGUGGCAACUCCAUAGAGGUUGACCGCAUGUGGGAGGUCCACGCGUCGCCGUCCGAUUCAAGUCGCGCUGGGAGAAGGGAGAAGAGCAAAGCGCGGAAUGCGGAAGGAGCGGGCCCGUCCGCCCGCGCGCCGAAACUGUCUCCGCUGGGUUCCGCCAGCGGGUUUGCGCGCAUGCUGCUGCAGUGGGCGCCGUCGUCAGCGCGCAACAGCCUCCGCAAGAAACGCGGCGAUUCUGCGACCUUCGGCUUUCCGGCGCCCCGGUCCCAAAGCGUUGUCCAAUCAUCGCAAAGCCAGCGCGUUGCUGACGUCAGCUCGGAGCUGAACCGUGACACGUCAGCUCGCGCGUCGGAGUCAGGUAUCGCGGCAGCAUCCGCGCGGGAACGCGCGGGACUUUCCGCGGUUCGUCCGGGGGAUGCGACGGCAGAGGAACCGUCGCGCGGGUUUUCCGCCCGUCCGCGCACGGCGCCAAGCGGAAUCUUCAGCCGUUGGCGCUCCGCCGCGCCGCUUUCCCGCCCGAAAUCUCCGCUGUUCGGCCUGACGUACAUGGGUGCAUCAGCGCGACGGGGAGUAAGCGGCGCGUUGCCCGAAGGAAACGAGCUGUGCGAAUUUGGCGAUACAGCGGCGUCGGCUGACACGAAUAACGGAGCAGCUUACAACGGAGACAGGCUCCGCUCUAUAUUUGAACAGGGGACGAGCUUUUCGGCGGCUAGUGAACGGCCGUGGAGCAGCGGAGGGUGGGGCGUGGCGGACGGGGCGGGGGAAAGCGUUUCGGAGCGCGGAGAUGCGGAGAGGGAGGAUAUAGAGCGGCGCGUUUCGUACAGUAGCAGCAUUGCUGGCGCGGCUGGUAGUGUGGUUAGCAGCAGCACUGCGGCUUAUACUGAAGGUGCUUAUAGCGAGUCGCUGAUCAUCCAGCACACGGAUCGUGACACGGAUUGCGAGAGUGUGACGUCAGCAUCUAGCUGCAGCGGGUACGACGCACUUGCGUGGGGGGGGAGCGCGCCGAUGGGCGGAGGAAAUGCGCCAAUGGGCGGAGGGAAUGCGGUGAUCGGCGGAGAAAAUGCGCGGCUGGGGGAAACUCUUGCUGAUGGGGGCGGCGGAGACUUCGCGAUCCUCUGGCGGAGCCUCCCCCGCGAUCUGCGGCGCACGCGGUCGCUGCACAGCCCGCGGGAAAGCGAACAGGGGUUUCCCGGGGGGAAUGCGGGGGGAGGUUUUGGGGGGGAAACGAGGGGGAAUGGUGGACACGUAACGACUGGUAGCAUGCGACGUGUGGGUAGUCUAGAGAUGCUACCACCUGUAGCGCAUGAAACAUUUGUAGCAGGUGUAGCAGGGGCAGCAGGUGUAGCAGGGGCAGCUAGCGCAGGCCCGUUUACCCCCUCCGCGCACGCCCCCGCGGAUCUACCCCCCCCGUCCCCGCGGUCUGCUGGCGGCGCCGCGUGGGUGGUGAGCGUGCCGUCCUUCGCGCAGCACCGCCUGCGCGUCGCGUCCGCGGAGAGGGCCGCACGCGGAGGGGGCGAGGGGCGGGGAGGGGGCGAGGGGCGCGGGGGAGACCCGCACUCACAGGACCAGCAGCUGCUGCAGGAGGAAGAGCAGGAAUGGCAGGUUCGGCAGCAGGGUUGGGAGCAGGAGCGGCAGCAGGAGAGGCAGCUGUUGCCUAGGGCGCACAGGCGGACACACAGCCUUCAUGCAGGCGACAUGGAGAAGGUCCGGCUGGAGCACCCAACCGUGCCGUACCUAACCGUGCUGCACUCACAAGAGCAGCAGCAGCAGCAGCAGCAGCAGCAACAGCAGCUGUUGAGAGCGCACAGGCGGACGCGCAGCCUGCAUGCGGGCGACAUGGAGUGGAUGAGACUGGAGCAGAUCGGCGAGUUCACCAUCCCCUCGUUGCAGCAGCAGAGCGGGGAGGAUUCUGUGCUCUCUCACGCCCACUCAUCGCCGUCCACGCGCCUCCUCUCCUCCUCCCCAUCCGAGCCUUUCCUCUCGCCCUCGCUCCACCCUCCCCUCUGCUUGCGGCGCUCCCCCCGCUCGUCUCGCCUGCUUCCCGUUUCUCCCAGAGCCGCUGCUGCUCGACAACCCUCGGUGCCGCAACCAACCGCGCCGCACCCAACUGCGCUGCACCUAGCCGUGCCGCACCCACAGGACCAGCAGCAGCAGCCGCAGCGGCUGCUGCCGAGGUCUCACAGGAGGACGCGCAGCCUGCAUUCAGGGGACGUGGAAUGGAUGAGACUGGAGCAGAUUGAUGAGUUCAACAUCCCCUCCUUCCACCACUACUCGCCCUUCCCUCUCCACCACUCGCCUUCCCCUCUCCAUCACGCCCUCCCUUCCCCGUCCGCGCCCCUCCUUCCCCCCUCCCCAUCCGCGCUCCGCCGCUCCCCCUCGCUGCAAUCACGCCUCCGCUCGCCCCGCUCGCCCCACCUGCCUCCCUUUUCUCCCAGAGUAGCUGCUGGAAGAACGACACUGCCGCUCUCAACCGCACAGCACCCAACCGCGCCGAACCCAUCAGCACACUCGAGAUUCCCCAAAUCACAGAGCUUCAAUUCGUCUUCCCCUAUCUCUUCCAUUCGCGCUUCCGUUUGCGUUUUGGUUCCACCUAUGCCGCAUCGGCCGCCCAUGCGUUCGCCAUCCAGCAAGGGACCCAGCAGGAGCACUCUUUUACUUCUAGAGGCGCCUCAUAAACCCGCCAUGUGUUCCCCAUCCGGCAAGGGACCUGGUAGAAGCUCUUGCAGCAGCUUUGAGUUGCCGCUGCCCAAGGGAGGGCACUCACUUAACGGAUUUGCGGGUAACACUGCCUUUGGGACGCCUGAAACUGCACCAGCUGCCUAUGGGACGGAGGCUAAUUCUGGAGGAGGGGAAGAGGGUGGGUUUAGGGGUGCCACUGCCGGUUCUGCACCUCCCAGUUCCCCGCAGGCGGUUACUGCACCUCCAGUUGUGGUAUCAGCCCCAGGAGGGGUUGUGUCAGCAGCACCGUUACCACCGGUUGUAACUUGGAGUCCAGAGGCGGUAGCAGCACCUGUACGCGUGGCGUCACGCGAUUGGGUAGAGGAUUCGUAUUGCUUCCUGAAGGAUGAGGAUGGGGUUGUGGGAUGA